UUGAAAUUCGAAGCUAAAUGCGGCAUAAACAAUACUAAAUUAACAGCAACAACAACAACAACAAAGCAACUGGCAGCUGUAUAAACAACGAAACGUGCAUAAAACGAAAACAGUUCAAAACAUAGACGUACUCGAGCGUAGGUAGGCUACACCGCUAAUUUAUAAUCAAAAACUUGACACCCCGGAACGGGAAAAGCAAUAAAAAAUAAAAUUAGAGACAACACAUUCAAUUCCCGAAGAAGCACGUGCCAAAGAGGAAGAAGAAAAUAUAGAUUACGGUAAAAGUAAAAAGUAACAUAAACAAAUAGAUUUUGAUCAACUUUAAAUUACACCGAAAGAAACGAGAAAAGUCUGUUUAUCUAAGCAAAUCAAACCAACGCCCGAAUCGAAACGAUCAACUUGUUUGUGCUUUGUGGCACGCGACGUGAUUUUUAUGAUGCUGCACAUGCAAGAAAACAAACAACACAACUAAACGAAAAAAAUAGCAGAAAAACCAAAAAAAUAAAUAAAAAUCAGACUUAAAAAUACAUCGCAAAAAUUCCUGAAAAACACACAACGCGCUGAAAAACUAUUUUCAGCUGCACUUGAAAUGCCUACAGAAUGUGAGCCGACGACGAUCGCCAACACGAGCCAAAACGUGCCACAGACGCAGCAGCAGCAGCAGCAGCAGCAGCAACAGCAACAAGAACAGCAUCACGAUCAGCAACUGCAAGCGGAACAGUUGCCAGCAGAAAACGAAGAAGCAGCAGCGGCAGCUCAACUUGAGUUUCAUGACGACAUGGAGGGCAAAGAGUUGAAUGGCGGCAAAAUGUCAACGUCACAGACAUCAACAACGUCCGCGACGAAUGGCCACAAUGGGAGCGGCAACAACACAAAUGGAGUUGGAAAGAAAACGUCCAUAAUAUCGCCGGAUCCCACCCCUUAUGUGACCAAAGCGCGCGUCACGCGGCCCACACCGCCGCCACCGUCCUACAAUCCAAUGCAAUUUGUACAGAUCAAACCAUGCAAUCUUUACCAGACCGCACAGGAACAGCUAAAGAAGGCUGAGGAAGUGAAAAAGAUCAAGGAGAUCAAAAAAGAGGAGCCCGAGGAUUGGCAGAAUAAUUUGGAUAAUUGGAAAUCGUCGCGUAGAAAACGUGUCGAACAUAUCAUCGAUCGAGUUGUUGAAGUGAAAAAACUCGAAUUGGAAGAACACGACCGGACACGAAGAAAAUCGAAAACGUUCUCUGAAAUGAUCGAAGAAAGGGGCGAACGUGGUCCUCGCGGACGUGUCAAACUGGCCUCUUUAGCUGUUUACAAUGAAGAUGAAUCGAACGAUUUGAGCGAUCUUGGCAUUGGCACAAGCAGUGCCAGUGGCAAGAGCAGCCAAUCGGAGGAUUACGACAACAACAGUGUGCUGAGCGACAACGCUGAACUGGACAAGGCCAUAUUCGAGAAUAACCAAAAGCCCAGCAGCAUCCCUGCGCGCGAAUACAUCUCCUCGCCCGGCUACGACACCUCCUCCAGCACUGCGCCCGGUAGCUCGCCCGAUCCAUGUGAAUACACCUACGAGGUGCCAUNGCACGCGCGCAAUCUGCUGCGCAUGUUCAAAGAGACCUUCAAUAGUGACAUUGAAUUAGACGAGGUGCAGGAGCAUGAGGUGAAGCCAAUAGCUGAACCCUCAAUAGGUGGUGGGAGUGGUGGUGCCAUACCCAAACAAACAGUUAGACCACUGAACUCAAAUGGGCCUCAACUUUCACCCGGGCCGGUGUCAAUCACUGGUGAAAGCCCACAACGCCCACAAACACCCACACCGUUCACAUUAACAGCUGCGGCUGACGCUCCAAUAAGCACACAAAUAUUUCAAUCUUCCACUAUAUCCCCUUCGGCUUUGUCCCCACCAUCCCCUUCGCCCUUCACUCAGCCCACUUCUCCCAUGGCUAUACCACAAACACCACCAUCUCCUUCACACGCUACACGCGCGCCCACUCCGCCGCCACGCUCUUCGCCGAGUGUGCUUAUGUCUAACGGUUUCUCGAUGAUUCCGCGUGCCGUCAAUCCAAUUGGCAAACCACCCAUGUCACCCAAGUCGACACGUUAUACCGUCAUGAGUCCCGUUAACAGUCCACCGCCCGCGCGCAAAUCAGCCGACGACAAUCCGUUCAGCAUCAACGGACGUGUAGAGAUUUUCAAUUCAAAGAAUAUGAACACAAAUCCGACCGGUAAACCGCCAACGCCAACGAUGAACGCAAGAAAAUCAUAUGUGCCACAAUUGGGUGCAACAACACCAACAUCACCAAUACUUGGUCGUCCGCCAUCGCCCAUGAAUGCCACCGCGUACAAUGGCAGUGUCGGGUUUCCUAAGCAGCAACAAUUCCCAACAACGGUGACGGUGACCGCAUUACCCCCGACCACAUCGCUGCCGCCAGCUUCUAAUCAAAUGCUGCAGGCAAAGACAGCUGCUGCGAAUGCUGCGAAAUCAAUGCCAGGCGUGCAAGUAGUCAAUGAACCUUCACAUGAAACCCGAUUACCCAAUGUGACAACUGUGCCGCAUUCACCACAACAACAACAACAACAGCAACAGCAGCAGCAUAACCAUGCAGAAGUUGUUAUGUGCGCACCGCCGGUAACCAUCUUGAAUCCGGAUGAGCUGCCGAAACCCAACACCGUCAAAGCGCUUUCCAGUUGCUUCUCACAAGAUGUGGCAGCAUCUAAUCAACCAGCCGGUAAGACGAAACCGCCGAUACUGGGCCCGAAGCCUUUGCCACGCAGUCGCAUACCACAAACGCCGCCUCAAUCACCUACGCCAGCAAAGAGAAAUUUCCUCAAUUCGCCAACGGCGGCCACAGAUGCAACGGUAAAAGAGUUUACAAAAACAGGAACAACAAGUAGCGCGCUGCCAAAGCAACCACAGCCUAAGCCUACAGCCGUAGCUGAGAUGGCACCUAAUUUGGUUGCACCCAAUGCAGAUGAUUUGAAGAAACUUUCUAUCAUCUCAGACAUUUCGACGGUAUCAAGUGAUUCCAGCGUCUGCACAGAGCCCUUUGAAACCACGGCACAGGUACAUUCACCACCAGCGGUACUGGAACGUACCAAUGAGCUGAAUCGCGCAGCUCUCAAGCCGUUACCGUUGAUGCGCAACGCCCAUAACAGCUCAAACAAACCAGGUACUUCAAAGCAGCCCACUGACGAUCCGCUCAAACCAAAUGACUCGCUCACGCCCGUCAUAUCAGUGCCCUCACAGAUGCCCACGCUCGUGGCUUGCAAGCCUAAUCAGUCUACACUAUUCAAGCUGACCACGCCACCGGCAUCGCCCCACUCACCGCUCUCACCUACCGAUGUGACACUCUGCAACAAUUUCCUCAACUCCUUCGAACCCACAAACUCAUACUUACCUGUGCAACAGAAAAGCGUUGAUGAGUCGCCUUGUGACAAGAUGGACGUUAACGAAUCGCCGCCAAGUAAGCGGCCUCCUUGCACCUUCUACGAGGACAUCAGCGCCAAUAAAGUUAAGGCGUGUGAUGAAUCCGGUAUGAAAACUGAAAUUUCACGCCAGUCCGUGCCACCUCAGGCACAGCGUCAGCACACAGUGGAGGAGAAGAUCUGUCAGAAAAUUGACGUGAAUGAUCUACCAGCCUACGACCAGGUACCGCUGACUGGCUAUGACGAAGUUACCGCUGAGCAAGUGCGCAUUUGUGAUGGUCUCAAUGCGAGACCACCAAGUAAAGGUAGCGAUCCAAGCACACCCAGAACGUCAUCGCAGAGCACCGGCAGCGCACCCAGCACACCGGACACACCAACAACCGUGAAAAGUAUGCCCAUAACGCCGAUAAGUAAUAUUCCCUUAGCUAGCUCAAAAUCAAAUACCUCACGUCCCAACUCCAAGCCAAAUUCACCUAUAAUGGUCGCGCGCGCAGCACACUCGCGUGCACUCAUUGAGACCUGUGAGCGUAUUAUCGCAGAGGAGCGUCUGCACAGCAGUCAAAUAAAGUCUGCUUUACCGACUCACGCCGUCGCCAAGAGCAGCGGCACUCCCCUUCUUCAACGCAAAUCGAAGAUACCCAAACCAAUACCCUGCUGCAUCAGCGCUACAGAUUCAAUGAACCAAGCCGAUCAGCCGGCCAAACCUGUGCUCAAGCAAAGCAGCGGACCCCCAACACCGGAAUCAGUUGAUGAAAAUAUGAUAAUUGGGCGAUUGCAUGUGGUCGAAACACAAAUCAAAGUCACUACCUCUACGCCACCGUCCUCGCCAACCGUGACAACAAAGUCGAACGGAAGCGCAAAACCAGUGGCGAACCAAAAUCCGAAGAAAACGAAAAAUAUUUUCGACUUCUUACGUAAAAACUUCGGAAUCGGUGAUGAUAACCCACCGGCCGUUGCUGCUGCUGCGAGUGUUGAAGAGGAAGUGGCACCGUCUGUUGUUCCGCCGGCUGUCGAGAAGGAUGUUGUGAAAUUGGAUGAAAUAUUCACUGUGGAUAACUCAAAGUUCUAUAUACCCUCAGAUGAUGUGCCACCACCACCGCUGCCAAAGACGCCAGCGCCUGUGAAUAUCGAGAUAACAAAGACCUUUACCACAAACGAGAUCGUUGAGGAGGGUACCAGCGAGCAGGAUUUGGUGCAAGAGAUCAAUGAAAUGCUAGACGAUGAACUUAAUAGAUUGACGCUGGAGAGUGGCUCAAGCGUGAGUGGUGGCACAGGCAAAUAGGUCUUGGAAGAUGCUAUUUUUUGCAUGGCAUAUGUGUGAAGGGUCUUUACGUCACUAUUUAAGAGUGGGCGGUGCUAUCUACAUAUAUCUACUUAAAUAAGAACCGGUUAAAACUACUUGGCCAGUUGAAGACUUUGAUAUCAUCCCAAUUUUUCUUUUUUUUAGUUUCUUUAAGUGAUUUACCGCCUUUCUGUUGUGCGUGUGAACCUACCUUAAGUCACUCUUUUAAAAUGCUUGCUACGUGCAAACCAGUCUUAUUUCUUUCUUUAGUUGAUCUGCUUUCGUCAACGCAUUGCCGCAUCUGCGGUUUAAAGAAGAAGAACAAAUCGAAUUUAUGAAUAUUAGAUUAUCGUGUUAUUAUUUACUUAUAAAAAAAAUAUAUAUUUGAUUCGUUUUUCUUACACUAGUUAAUAGUCUCUAUCACUUGAGGACUUAAAUGAAAUGACCAGCAAGUGUUGCAGUUCUCAAAUCCCCCAGUUGUAAUAUUCUACUGGAGCUUUUUGAAAAAGCUUUCCCAAAGCCAUUCUUACUAGCACUUUGCCUCAACGUCUCUUUCUACUUUAAAAAUGCUCAUUAAUCAACCAAUUGAGCACGAAAGCAAGAAAAGCAAAUCACUAAUCCCCUUGGAAGCCACAAGCUCAGUCGUCUACUCACUCACCCACUCAAACGCGCGAGCACACACGCUCGUAUGUUCGUUAGGUUAUAUUCACAGCUAUUCUUUUGUAUAUUAUUUUCUUUAGGUAUAUGUUUCUUGAACUAUUUUUUCUACUUCUAUUAUACGCUACUCAAUGCAUUGCAAUAAAAUUGUAAAGCUUUUCUGCAAGCUCGAAUAUAUUCUGUAGCGGGGCUUUCAAAUGCGCAAGCAAUGUAUCGCUGUCAGCUUAAAAAAAAAA